GAAAACACUUGAGAAGGCCGUCAGAUUUCCUUCCGUUUUGUUUUCUACCCCUAGAAAAUGUCCAAAGAUUUUCCUGGGAAAUACUGAAUCAAACUCUGUACCCAGCAGUCCAAGAUCAGACGGUAGAAUCGAGCCCUAGCCCCUUUCCCCACUUUCCCUCCGCUGAUACCGUCGCUCUCUGCUUAUUUCCGCGUUUUUUUUGUCUCUUUGUGGUUUCUGCUGUUUUUUUUUUCCUGCAGACCCUUUUUUUUGUCAUCUGAUCCGAAUCUUUGUAGAAAAUAGUCAGAGUUGGAUGAUGAUGACGAUGGUGGUGGUGGUGGUCAAUGGGUAAUUUUAGCUUCAGUGUAUCAGAAACUAAGCGCUUAAUUCGAGAUUUGAUCUUUGGGUUCUUUAGCCGCGUCAAUCUAGACUAAUUGGGGUUAUUUUGCAAAUCGAUUUGGGUCAAACACUUUGAUCGAUUUAGCGAUUGGAGAAGAUCGAAGUUGCGAUUUUGCGGAUUCGGUAUUGCGGCUCUUCGAUUUGGGAUUCUUAGUAGAUUUUCACGUACUCUUGCCUCGAUGUGAAUCUGGUGAGGCUUUGUGUGUGCGGUUUUUCUGAAAUAGGUCUGGAUAUUUCCAUUCGAUCUGCAUUUCACGAACCCAGGGACACGAUUGGGAUCUGGGUUUUGUAAUUUCUGUGAUCAAAGGAUAGAGUUGCUAGGAGCUUUCUGGGUUGACUUUGUGACAUUUGUAUCUCAGUGUUGCAAAGUUUCCUUGAGGAAAUCAGUUAGGUUGAAGUAUUGACCAGAUAAGAUUGAGUGAAAACGUUGAGGUCAAUUCGGUUCGAAGUACACAAAAGAAAGUCAGGUAAUUUGGAUCUGAAGUGUUUCUGAAUCUUCCAUUAAGGAUCGAAAAAUGGAUCGUGUGGUUGGUGGCAAGUACAAACUGGGGCGAAAGCUCGGCAGCGGAUCAUUUGGUGAACUUUUUCUCGGAGCGAAUGUGCAAACUGGAGAAGAAGUGGCUGUUAAGAUGGAACCCGUAAGGGCUAGGCAUCCUCAACUUCACUAUGAGUCAAAGCUCUACAUGCUUCUCCAAGGAGGAACCGGUGUUCCUCACAUUAAGUGGUUUGGGGUUGAGGGUGAUUACAACUGCAUGGUCAUUGAUCUUCUUGGUCCGAGUUUGGAGGAUUUAUUCAACUACUGCAAUCGAAAGUUCUCUCUAAAGACAGUUCUAAUGCUCGCAGAUCAGAUGAUAAACAGGGUUGAGUAUAUGCACUCACGAGGCUUUCUUCACCGUGAUAUUAAGCCUGACAACUUUCUAAUGGGUCUUGGACGCAAAGCAAACCAGGUUUACGUCAUUGACUAUGGACUGGCAAAAAAGUAUAGGGAUCUUCAAACUCACAAGCAUAUCCCAUACAGGGAAAACAAGAAUCUUACAGGAACAGCUCGAUAUGCAAGUGUUAAUACUCAUCUCGGAAUUGAACAAAGUAGGAGGGAUGAUCUGGAAUCCCUUGGCUAUGUGCUUAUGUAUUUUCUGAGAGGAAGCCUUCCAUGGCAAGGCCUUCGUGCCGGUACCAAAAAGCAGAAAUAUGACAAGAUUAGUGAGAAGAAAAGGCUUACACCCAUUGAGGUCCUUUGUAAAUCAUAUCCCGCUGAGUUCACAUCAUAUUUCCUCUAUAUUCGGUCAUUGCGGUUUGAAGACAAGCCUGAUUAUCCAUACCUUAAGAGGCUUUUCAGGGAUUUGUUCAUCCGAGAAGGCCAUCAGUUUGACUAUGUAUUCGAUUGGACAAUCUUGAAGUAUCCUCAGCUCAACUCCAGUUCUAAACCAAGGUCUAGCCUGAGACCAGCUUCGAACAACCCUCCCAUGCCAUCUGCAGGCAGAACAGAUAAGCCUUCCGUUGGGCAGGGCAACCUAGAGAGAUUGCCAGAUGCUCUAGAGGCAUAUGCUGCUAGAAGAAAUGGCUCGGGAAGUGGCGUUCAAUUUGAUCAUCGUUCCAGACCGAGAACCUCGGAGAACAUACUAUCAUCAUCCAAAGACAUGCAAAACCACGAGAGACCCAUCUCGUCGUCCACGGCAAGGAACGCGAGUUCAUCGAGAAAAGCUAUUGCCUCAAGUACCAGAGCCAACUCCUCAGCUGACUUCACCAAGAGCAACCGGUCGAGCCGGAUCGUCCUUAGCAAUGGCCACUUGCCCACGAGCCAGAGAGCCCAGCUCGGUCCUGACUCAGCCAAGCCCUCUUCGUCGUCCUUCACCAGGGCAGCAGCUCCGGCCAGGACAGCGCGUGAUAUCACGCUCCAGAGCCUUGAACUCCUCACCAUCGGCAACGGCAAGAGGAAGUGACUGAGAUUUUCGACCAGCUAUAACCCGCGGCUAUAUUUCCAUGUCGAAAGACAUUAUAUGGAUUUAACCCUUUAUCUGGGUAAAUAAAUAGUGCUCGUAUCGAAAUAUGAACGUGGUUUUGGUCGAAGAUCUUUGUUGAAUAUAUAUGGUUCUAAAGUGUUAUUGUCUACCA